AUGGUCAGUGGCGGAUGUUGGCAGGCGGUUCGCGUCGAACGGCUCAAGCAGACGAACGACCGUCGGCAAGCGACAAUGGUUGUCGGCGGUUCGAUGCAACGAGAAGUUCGCCGAGCGAACGGUCGUCGGUCGACGUCAGGGAACCAGACGGUUCGGGCGGUCGGAGUUAGAAGGUCGGUGCAACAAAAGUACGAUGGUACGAUGCGGCUGAUAGGUGGAAGAGAGGCGGAAUGUGAGACGAAGGAUGCAGGAUUCAUCACCGCGAUAUUCGAACCAGAGGCUGGGUACAUCGCGAUAUUUAAUGGAGAAAAGGUGAAACUACAAACAGAUUGCGGACCGGAGAGGACAUUGAAUGGAUCGGCCUUAAUAAAAUUUAGCCAUUGCAAGACAAUGGUGAACAACGUCCAAUACGAGGCAGUGGAGAAGCUUGGCGCAGCUGAAUUAAAGCUGGAUAUACCACGGAUAGAGACGAUCAAGAAAAACAGGACAACCCAAGAGUUGGGGAUACACGAGUUAAGAAACAUCGUUAUACAAACAUCGGAGUUCACCCGAUACCCCUCACCACAGAACUGCAUCCGCUCCAAUUCCACUUUUCGGCCAGAUCAGCACUUUAAUUUCAUGAGCCUUCCGAGUGCUAUAAAUUCAAAUAUCGGCACAGUGCGGAAAAUUGCCGAUGGUGCAGACGAAGUUAUUCGUGGUCUACGAGCUCCUUAUUGCGAAGAGAGGGAUCCCUGGCUAAUUUUCAUUUUAAUUUCAAAAUUAGAUAGCGAUACCUGCCAAGCCUGGGCUCAGUGCGCAGAAUCGGAGGAAAAAGGUGUGACCAUCAACCGAUUCCUGAAAUUUCUCACAUCACGCUGCGAUACGUUGGAGGCUUUUAACAUAACUCGAUCAACCCAAGCUCGACGCGCAGCUACAACGCACCACGCAGACACGCAUCCAAGACGGGAAGUGCCGAAGUGCACAUCGUGCCAGCAGAAUCACCAACUGUUUAAGUGUCCUCAAUUCAUCGCACUCGACAUUGCAUCUCGCCGAGACUUCCUCAAAUCAAGAAAGCUCUGUUUCAAUUGCCUCAGCCCGGCUCAUAUGGUGGGCAACUGUACAUCGAGGCAUACUUGUCGGAUCUGCCGCCGCAAGCAUCAUACUUUGGUUCAUGGCUCGUCGCAGCCAAUUCAAAAUGGCAACAACAUUGACACAGCAAGUGUUGACAGCCGCGAUCGACCAGCAGUCUCACAUGCGGGAUCUACAAUUGGCCACAAUCAACCGCUAGCUCGAGAAGGUCAUCGCUUGGGAAGCGAGACUCCCGCGGAAAACAACUUUACGCAUCAUACUCUGGAGAAUAUUCCGGCGGCUGGUUCUCAGACUCUGUUGCCAACCAUCCUUGCUGACGUCAUCGACGCCUGGGGAAACACAACAACCUGCAGGCUGCUCCUGGACACUGGAUCUACAAUAACCUUGGCAUCGGAAUCAUUUGUUCAGCGAAUAAGCGUGCGUCGAACGCACGCACGGAUUUCUAUUCUCGGUCUCGCCGCCAACAGCGCGGGCGUUACCCGAGGACGCGCACAUAUCAAGCUGCGCUCUCGUCAUUUGGGCCAAACUGUCGAAUUGGUCUCGUUCAUUCUCAACUCGCUGACGUCAUCACUUCCUGCCCAAGUUAUUGACACCUCAUCCUCUACGUGGAGGCAAAUCUGCGAGCUUCCUUUGGCAGACCCAACGUUCUGCACACCUGGAGCAAUCGAUUUCAUUGUUGGAUCGGAUCAACUUUGGUCUCUAUACACAGGAGAUCGGAAACACUUUGGUAACGACUUUCCUAUCGCUCUCAAUACUGUAUUUGGUUGGAUUCUUGCAGGCUCUUACUCUGCAUUCGAUGAUCACCCUACUUCUGCGGUUACUCAUCACGCGGACCUAGACACGAUGGUUCGUUCAUUUAUGGAGAUGGACAGCAUUCAGCCUAACCAGGCUCUCCUGGACGCCAGCGAUCCCACAGAGCGUCAUUUUGCUGCCACACACAAGCGCUCGACGGACUGGGUGUACGUCGUCGAGUAUCCCUUCAAGGAGAAGGCACCGCCUAUUGAUUCGACCUUGCCACAGGCUAUCAAUCGCUUCUUCUCGCUGGAACGCAAAUUUCAUCGGUAUCCAGAAUUGAAGCAGCAGUACGAAGCUUUCCUGGACGACUACUUGCAACGUGGACAUAUGGAACAACUGACCUCGGCUCAGGUUGAGGAGUCCCCAGACACCUGCUUCUAUUUGCCGCACCACGCUGUCAUCAAACUGGACAGUCUGACUAGCAAAUGUCGUGUAGUUUUUGAUGGAUCAGGAAAGGACAGCUCUGGAGUAUCGCUCAAUGACAGACUACAUAUUGGUCCACCGAUUCAACGCGAUCUUCUUGGCGUUUGUCUACGCUUCCGGCAGAACCAAUAUGUUUUAUGCGCAGAUGUCGAAAAGAUGUUUCGAGGCAUUAAAAUCUUUAAGCCACACACCAAUUUUCAGCGCAUUGUUUGGCGCAAGACUGAGAAUGAACCUCUGCUUCAUUUUCGCCUGCUGACGGUUACCUACGGAUUAGCACCGUCACCAUUUCUGGCUGUUCGAGUUCUAAAGCAACUUGCCGACGAUCAUGGCCAUGAAUACCCUGCAGCAGCUCACGCUCUUCUGCACGAUGCCUAUGUGGACGAUAUCCCUACAGGCGCCAACACAUUCGAGGAGCUUAUGAUUCUCAAGGACGAGCUUAUAGCCCUCUUGGAUAAGGGAAAAUUCAAGCUACGCAAAUGGAGUUCUAAUAGUUGGCGUCUUCUGAAAUCAUUAACAGAGGAAGAUAGAUGUUUUGAACCUAUCCAGCUCCUCAACAAAUCAGCUGCGGAUUCACCUGUCAAAGUUCUUGGUAUCCCAUGGAACCCUGGGAAGGACGUUCUGUAUCUCAACCUAAAGGGAUGCGAUGCGACCAUUUCUCCGACGAAAAGAGAACUCUUAUCUCAGCUAUCAAGAAAUUAUGAUCCGCUUGGACUGGUAGCGCCGGUCACAGUUCUACUCAAGCUAAUCUUCCAAGAAAGCUGGACAAGUGUCCUGCAGUGGGACGACCCCAUUCCUGAAAGUCUACGAACGCGCUGGAGAGCCUUAGUAGAGGAUUUACCAGCACUUACGCAAUGCCAAGUACCACGCACGAGCUGCUGGACAGAUUCAGAAAUUGUGCUACACUGGCUUUCAGCUCCCCCUCGACGGUGGAACACCUAUGUCUGCAACCGAACUUCUGAGAUAUUGAGCGACUUUCCCCGUAGCAGCUGGAACCAUGUUCGCACGGAAGACAAUCCUGCUGAUUGUGCUUCCCGAGGACUUCAUCCGUCAAAGCUUCUGAAGCAUCGACUGUGGUGGAAAGGUCCGUCCUGGCUGGCCACACCCACCUCUGAGUGGCCACCUUCUACAAGCAAGUUCAGCGUAUCUUCAAGUUUCGAUGUCAACACCGAAGAACGAGCCAUAAAGCCCACAACUCUACAUAACUUUCCUGAUGAAAGUAUACACGAGAAUUCGGCACCAUUCCUUACGUCUAAAGAGUUGCUGGACGCACAGCGCCGACUUAUUCGACAUGUGCAACAAAAAUCCUUUGCCAGAGAAUAUGCGCAGCUAGAGAAUCGACGCCAGCUUAACGCUAAAUCGCAUCUUAUCCGGUUUUCUCCGUUUCUGGAUGAUUAUGGAGUAAUGCGAGUCGGUGGGAGAAUCGAGCAAUCUACACUCAACUACAACGCCAAGCACCCGAUUCUGAUACCUAAAGAUACACCACUAGCUGGACUGCUGGUUCGACAUUUUCAUGUCUCCUAUCUGCACACUGGAGUUGAUGCAACGUUAACCAAUCUUCGUCAGCAGUACUGGAUUCUGGGAGCCCGCAAUCUCGUCAGAAAGGCAGUCUUCCAAUGCAAAUCCUGUUUUCUUCAACGAAAGGGCACUAGCAACCAGAUCAUGGGAGAGCUACCAAUUCCUCCAGUUCAAGCUAGCCGCUGCUUUCAACACACAGGGCUGGACUACGCUGGACCGAUCGCAAUCAAGGAAUCAAAAGGAAGAACUCCACGCAUCGGAAAGGCAUGGUUUUCUAUUUUCGUGUGCCUCACUACAAAGGCACUUCACAUCGAGGUUGUUAGUGAGCUAACUACACAGGCUUUCAUCGCAGCCUUUCAACGAUUCAUUGCCCGCCGAGCGAAGCCUACUGACCUGUAUUCGGACAACGGAACUACAUUUCAUGGAGGCAAGCAAACUUUGGAUGACAUGAGACGCCUGGCCAUUCAACAAGCCAAAGAUGAGGAACUAGCAGGAUUCUUUGCCAAUGAAGGGAUUUCUUGGCACUUUAUACCCCCGUCUGCUCCCCAUUUUGGAGGGAUGUGGGAAGCUGGAGUUCGCUCAAUUAAACUCCAUAUGAAACGGAUACUUGGAUCAAAGGCUUUAACGUUUGAGGAGCUCUCUACUGUCCUGACCCAAAUUGAAGCUAUCCUGAAUUCACGCCCGCUGUGCCCAACUGGGGAUAAUUCUUUGGAUCCACUGACGCCUGCUCAUUUUUUGACUGGAUCUCCGUAUACUGCAUUGCCUGAACCCUGUUGUCUGGAUAUGCAAGUCAAUCGAUUGGAGAGGUGGAAUCAGCUGCAAGCCAUGGUUCAAGGCUUUUGGAAAAGGUGGCAUAUGGAAUACCUGACAUCUCUUCAUGAGCGGACAAAGUGGCAUCUGGAAACCGAGAAUCUGAAGAUCGACACACUGCUAGUACUCAAGGAGCCCAAUCUACCGCCCUCUAAAUGGAUUCUUGGCCGCAUCACCGCAGUGCACGCAGGAAUCGACGACAAGGUCCGAGUCGUUACAGUGAAGACUGCUCACGGAUUACACAAAUGCCCAAUUGCCAAAAUCGCUGUACUGCCUCUCUGCUGA